GGACAUGACACGAUUUAUGACACUAUAGUGACAGUUGGAAUAAGUUAGUACCAAAAAUCUUCAACUGUCUUGGGAAACUGGUAAUAAUGGCGUCUUCCUUGAAUGUGUUCGUGUAUGGAAGCCUAUUAGCUGACGAAAUUGCUUGUGCACUCCUUAAACGUGUCCCUCCUUCUAAUCCUGCUAUUCUCCAUAACUACCAUAGGUUUAGCAUCAAAGGGCGUGUUUAUCCUGCCAUUCUACCAGUAGAAAACAAGAAAGUUACUGGGAAGGUUUUUUUGGAUAUCACUGUUCCUGAGUUGAAUAUCCUGGAUGCAUUUGAGGACUUUGAGUAUGAAAGGACGACUGUUGAUGUUUCCCUGAUGGACAGUUCCAAGACAUUGCAGGCUGAAACAUAUGUUUGGGUUGACAAGACGGAUCCAGAUUUAUACGGGGAAUGGGACUUUGAGGAAUGGAAAGUGUUGCACAAGGGAGACUUCUUGAAAAUGACAACGGGGUUCAGUGAAGAAAUGGAGCUACCUGAAUCAAAAACUAGAGUGGCAACUUAUGAAUCCUUCUAUGCACAACAGGAAGAGAACAAGUCCAACCCUUGAUGUAGUUGAUGAAUAGUAAUUGCAAAAGCAGUAGCGUAUUUUGUGCUUGUGCUCAAACUACACAAUAAUGUGCAAUUGAAGGACGGGACAUACCCACAGGCGGAGCUAGGGGGUGCAAGGAGUUUCAUCUGAAUCCUCUCCGCUGGAAAAUUAUACCGUAUAUACAAGGUUAAAUUAUUUGUUAUGCAUAUAUAGUAGAUGUUGAAUUCCUUCGCUUCUUCGUGUAUUUACUUUUUUAUAUUAUAUUUUGAAUUCCCGUCAUAGAAAUCCUGGUCUGCCAGACUGCCACUGGA